AUGGUUCUUCUUGUUGUUGUUCUUUUUUUCGAAACGCCUGACUCGGAGAAGAUCCUGGAACAGCAUUCAGAGGUGAGAUCGACGCUGAAAGAUUGGGUUAGUGCGUUGAAAGGGGCUUCCGUUCCAUCUAAUGAUACAGGUAAACCCAAGCUCAUCCCGAUUCUGAAUCUUGAUUCAGAGGAUCAGAUUGGAAAAUCAGGGGAAGUUGUUGAUUGUGUGCAAAUUGAGCCAGAGGACAUAGAGGAUGAGAUCCUAUACUGGAGUACAGCAAUAGUUUGCUAUGUGUUGGGUUCUAAUCCUCCUAUUUCAGUAAUGGAGGGAUUCUUUAGAAGAAUUUGGAGGGGGAAAGGAGUGGAAAAAGUUGGUUUAUUAGCACCAGGUGUGUUCAUGGUGAGGUUCAAUACUCUGGAGGAAAAAGAUGAGAUCAUGAAUGGAGGCUAUCAUUUUUUUGAUAAAAAACCAAUUAUAAUGAAGAACUGGGAUCCGAAUACUAGAUUUACUAGAGAGGCUGUUUUGAAUGUGCCACUUUGGGUUCAAUUAUGUAAUUUGGACUUAAAGUUUUGGGGAGAGAAGGCUAUGACAAAAAUUGUGAACUCUGUGGGUAAGUAUAUUCGGCAAGAUAGAGCAACUUUGGCUAGAGAAAAAUUACAAUAUGCUAGGGUGUUGAUUGAAGUAAAUAUCUCUCAGGAGCUACCGAAUGUGAUUAAAUUUAGAGAUGAAAAUGGAGAAGCAGUGUAUGUAGACCUUUAUUUUGAAUGGAAGCCAGACCGGUGUGCUAGCUGCAAAGGAUUUGGGCAUAAGCAAGAGGUAUGUAAGAAGAAGAAACAAAAUGUUCCUGAUAAAGUCUGGAAGCCAAAAGUCAUACCAGAUGCUAAUGAGGCUCAUAGGCAGGGGCAGGAACAUGGUGAAGAUCAGGAGGAAAGGGACACUACUAGUGGAGGGGGAGCUCCUCCAGUAGUAGAUGGAUAA